CUGAAUCUGGGGAACUAACCAGUCAGUCGGAUUACCAGUGAGCCAACCGUUCAGCUGAUAAGGCAACCAGUCAGCUACUGGUUAGAAUCAGUUCGUUAGACAGACAGAGCUGGACUGGUUUGUCAGUGAGUAUAAGCCGGUAAUCGAGCAGACUGUAGGCUAGCCCAGUCAGUCAGCUACUUAGUUAGUUGGUCAAUAGAUUUUUAGUUAGUCAGUUAAUCAAUUAGUCGUUCGUUUGGAUAGUCCCUUAUGUUAGUUAGUUAGUCCGUUGGUUUUUCAAUUUGUGCAUUAUUUAGACUGCUAAUCAUUUAGUCGGUCAUUCAUUUAUUUAACUAGAUAGUCAGUUUGUUGGCAAUAGAGCAUUUUUGUUUAGUUUUUCAGUUUGUCUGUUAUUUAGUCAGUUAAUCAUGUAGUCAGUCAUUUAGGUAUUAAAUUGGGUAACCAAUCAGCCAGUCUGUUAUAUUUAGGAAUUUAUUCAGUAAAUUCUUUGUAUUCUCCUGUCAGUUGGUCAGGUACUUGGUCAGCAUUUCAUUCAGUUAUUUAGUCAGGAAUUUGAGUCAGAAUAACCACAAAGACAGUGAGCGAGGCAGAGCCAUUAGACGAGUCAUCCAUUUAUCCCUCCAGCCAGGCAGCGAGUCAGCUGGUGGGCGAGGGGAGUGGUUCUCUGCUGCGCUGCCUUCAGCUGAAUAGUAGUCAGCCAUCCAGUGAUCCAGUCUCUGUCAGUCAUUCGGUCAGUCAUUCGGUCGGUCGGUCAUUUGGUCAUUAAGUCAGUUGGUUGGUCGGUCAGUGGGUGUAGAUGCAGGGCUGCUGGUCAGCUGCUCUGGACGGCUCAUAUCUCCCUCAGGAUCUCACAGUGUGGAAUCAUCUAAGGAGCCACUGAGAGGUAUAUUGCAGGCAUCACUAUGACUGAUGGGGAUUAUGACUACCUUAUAAAGCUCCUUGCCCUAGGGGACUCCGGCGUGGGCAAGACCACCUUCCUGUACCGAUACACAGACAACAAGUUCAACCCCAAGUUCAUCACCACAGUCGGCAUUGACUUCAGGGAAAAGAGAGUGUUGUACACAGCAGCCAACCCCAAUGGGACGACGACGGGGAAGACCUUCAAGGUUCACCUUCAGCUCUGGGAUACAGCCGGACAAGAGAGGUUCCGCAGCCUUACAACUGCGUUCUUCAGGGAUGCCAUGGGGUUCCUGCUGAUGUUCGAUCUCACCAGCCAGCAGAGCUUCCUCAAUGUCAGAAACUGGAUGAGCCAGCUCCAGGCCAAUGCCUACUGUGAGAAUCCAGAUAUUGUGUUGGUAGGAAACAAGGCCGACCUGGCCGACCAGCGGGAGGUUCAGGAGAAACAGGCCAAGGAGCUGGCUGAUAAAUACGGGAUCCCGUACUUCGAGACAAGUGCAGCGACGGGGGCCGAGGUGGACAAGGCGGUGCUAACGCUGUUGGACCUGGUCAUGAAGCGGAUGGAGCAGUGCGUCGACAAGCCUCCUGCCGAUCCAGCCAAUGGGAACGGGGCUGCGAAGCUUGGCAAUAUGCAGCCCGAUGAAAAGAAAUGUGCAUGCUAGACCGAGGAAGCAAUGACCAGUCAGCACUUCUGUCGUCUGUCCUUUCUACUCGCCAGAUCCUCUACUUUGUUUACCUUCUCCGUCAUCUUGAUUGCAUGUGUCUUCAUCUUCCCCCGUUCGCCCUCUUCUCUAUAAAAAACUAAUCUUUAACCAUGCUCCUCUUUUUCUUUCUAUUCCCUGCUGUGUUCUUCUUUCUCCUCCAGAACUGUCUGCCAGAUGGUAAUGAGACAAGCUUCCCCCCUCUGGUGGUUAUUUGAAAGUAUUACAGUCUCUUCCCUGUCUGCCUUUGAGCUCUGUCAAGGAGGAAAUAAAAACAGGAGGGGAGAGUUUCAUCGCUGUCAGACACAUAAUGUGCCUUGGCUGUCUGAUGUGGGGCAUAAAGAGCUUACUGUCAGGCUGUGUGUCUGUAAAUAAGUCACUGUCCUCUUCUGAAACCGUGGUCUAUUUCACACUGUUCUUUUAUGCUGUACCCAUACUAGCUACAUAUGAUUCUUUUAGUUGUGUUUGGCUUGUCUGUUUGCUAAAACAUGCACGACAUUUGUGUUUAAUAUAUUGACCAGGGUGUCAUGGUGGAAGUUUUGACACUUGAGUGAGAUGUGCUGUUCACAGAUUAUUGCUAAAUAUUAGGCCAAUAUUAAACUUUAUAUUAGUAACAGUUAAUAAAACUUAGAGGUACGCCCCAAAACAAAGCAGAGGAGGUUAAAUGGCCUGUGUUGAGUAUUUUAGAUUUAGUAGAGUAGAUUGUUCAUGGUCACACGUUAAUGACUAUAAUGUAUAGCAGUAUCAUGUUAUUAAAAUUGUUUUAUUUUUAUUUUUUAUCAACACUUCAGUAAUUCAAUAUUAAUGUUGACCCUCAUUUUGGAACCUUCUGUUUGUACAUGUGAUGGCAGCUUAUGCAGCGAGCUGGCCACACACUAGACCAGCUUAUGCGAUCUAAGUCUAGUUAGCGGCCAUGUUGAUCAUACUUCCCUCUUACACGGCUGUCUCUCCAUUACAUCUUCAUGAUGGUGCCAGACUUGGCCGAUUUAUGAUUUGCAGAUAGUACGCCAUUCAUACUGUAGGACUAAUAUGGGUACAGCAUGGCACAUAUGAAGUGGAGAGAAAAAAGCCUCAAUGUAUGUUUAUCAUUCAUAGUGUCCCAAGACCAGGAUGUUGUUCCAGACUGAUCUACUGCCUUGGCUUUUAAAGCGUUAUUCCACUGUGGUGGAACAGACUUAGUCUCUGUAGGUGUUUGAGAUAAAUCUGCGACAGAAAACCGCGACUCUGGGAAGGCAAUGUCCCCUUUAUUCGCGAACACUUCGAGGAAAUAACAAAUAAUUUUACUCUGAAGCCUAAAAUAUAUACUGGCUUUUUACAAAUAGAACAAGCAGGUUAUGGAAGUCAACUCAAACGCAUUAAAUUAAAAGUUUAAAUUAACUUAUGAGUGGAGAGAAUGAUUGUAUCAGUCAGCUUUUCAUGGCAGCUGAUUUUCCACAGUGACCCCUCAUCUCUUUAGAACAGAUAAUCAGACAAAGUGAAAUAUCACUUUAAGGGCCCCCAUACACGACCAAUGUUCUAAGAAUAUGAAGUGACCAACUAUUUAUAUGAAUUACAUGUAAAACAUAGCUUAUUAUUUCUGUUGCCAUAAUUUCUGUUAUAUUCACAUCUCGAAAUUUAUAUUUGUAAUGUUGUGUUCUUAAACUCGGUUGUCUUAUUAACCCUCCCCAAAAAGUUAAAGUACAGGAAACAAGUGGGCUUAACAAUUGAAGUUAGUGUGGACCAGUUUUUAAAUUUGUGUUUGCUUCUUGUUGCUUAACACUUACUUUUUUCAUUGUAUAACAGACCAUAUAACUGCUGCUGAACUGUGCAGAAAACUUUAUGAAAUCGUGGCCUAUCGCUACUAAUUUCCAACAAGUUCAUCUCAAAAGGCUGCAUGUUUAGCACCAUGUGCACAAAAGAACAUCCGUCUUUGUAAUCCGUUUUGAUCUAAAUAGCUAUGAGUUCAAGAUGAUCUCUGUUCUAAGUGCAACUCGACAGUAUUCAUUAUGUCAAGUGACAACUUGAUCUGCCUUACUUCAUGAAAAGUCUUGAUCCGAGUUAAAGUGCACCAGAAACGAGGGAAAUGAUGGUUGCGCUUGCCACCUGCUGGCAGCUAAAUCCUUAUUUAUUUCCUUCAGUGAGCAAAGGGGAGGUUUUAUAGAGCAGUCCUCAGCUGCAUAAAAGUAGGAUUACUGUAGGUUGGUUUGCAAAUUUUACUGAAACCAGGGGCUGCCAGAUGGGUCAAAACAAAGUAAUGCUAAGUAUACGAUGAGUGUGGCUUAUUAAUGGUAAAACACUGCUGUAGUCAUUUUAAAGAUUAUAAUUUAUUGAUUAAAUCCUCUUUUGCGCACUUGCAGGAGCCAUAAAAAAAGUUUAAAGAAUCAUGGGGCUUUGGUUUCACCUAACCGUCACCUAUGUUUAUUUUACCAGUGUGCCAAAUUUACGAAAGAAAAAACAUCACAAACAAGCAUUUUGUUUUCAUCAGACCUCAUUCUGCUGUCUGCACAGAGGAAAAACUGGCUUCACAAAUAGAAAAAUAUUCAAUCCAAAAAUAUUUUGUGUUGACAAAGUCACCUCCCAACAGGUGAUCUCAGUGCCAUAUCUCACCGCUUUUGUGAUUUCAGUCUGUCAAAAUAUGAAUUUGCUGCCUGUGAAGACAAAAGAAGCUGGCUCACGUUGUGCCAUUCUCUCCCAAUUGUUCCAAGGAAAUGCUGUAUUUCUAUAAUUUUGGUUUGUUUGUUAAUCAACUUACUGUUUUUUGUCAUCAGUAGAUUUGACCUUUUAAUUUUGGUCAUGUAAUUGUAAUGUACAGGUUACAUAUUUCUAAACACUUACAGACGCAACAUGGUGGAAUCCUCUCUACAUUCUCUUCUAGUUUUAUUUUGUUUGUUUCCUUGGACCCAAUUUCCACUAAUGAAGCAAGUCAUGUUACAGUUAAGCAAGUUGUUAAAGCUGCAGUAAAUUAUUACUUUUUUUGAUAACUUUGGUGGGUUGGAACGAGCUAAGAACGAAACAUUAACAACUCUCCAGAGUUGUGAAACAUGUUCAUCCCUUUGGAGUAUAGUUUAAGUGCUUCUGAUGAAACGUAUUCCACUGUUCACACUUCUUAAAUUAGUUUUGGUCUCCAUCAACUCCUGAGAAGAAUAUAUCUGGCUCUUUGACUGCUAAAUGUUCCAGUCACGUCUUAAGCAAGAUGCAAACUUUGUCCGUCUGCUGUUUGCAGCUGGACAGAUAUGUAUGGUGGUUUUAUUCCAGUUUGUUUGGUGAAAAUAGAAGGGGGUUGUGACACUAAAUGUGCCAUAAAGCCAAAACAAUAAGUUAAAAGAGGCUAAAGAUCUCCGUAUUAUGAGGCAUCAUUCACUAUGAGUAGCAUCUUUCACAUUACACAAUCUGUUGUUACUAUACAACUUAGACUAGUGCAGCUUUAAAAUGUGUCAUAAGUGUCUUUUAAAAGUCUAAAAGCUUACCAAGUGUUAAUUAUCAAUCAAGGUUGUAAUUAAAACAUCUUUGAAAAGUGUCCAUGUUUUUGGUUAAAAGUAUAGGUAAUCUGUUUAAAUCAUGAAAUGAUUCUUUGCAGCCUUAUUUGUCAAUAUGACUGGUUUAUUCAUUUAAUUUAGUUUAUUAAUAACUAAAGUAGGUAACAACUGGAUCUACCGGGAAACUUAGAAAAUUAAGCAAGGACACAAUGAACUCCUUAAAAUGCAUCUGCAGCACCACGUACAUUUUUUGUGUGGUUUGACUCUAUAUUUCCAGUGCGCCUCACCUCUAGAUGGACAAUGCCUUUUAUUGUGACAAUCUUCCAACGUAAUUUUUCAGCUUCUAUCGCAGCCUGCGUUUUUCCUUUCAUUUAGCAUUCAGCUGUGCCACUGGUAUAUCUGAUGUUCACUUUCUUGAUUCAUGUUUUAGCAUAGAGCAUCUCUUACAUGUUUUUUUUGGUAGUUUUUUAAUUCACUUUGAAAGUUUACACAGUUUGAAGAGUCAUGUUGUGCCUGUUACUAACUCUUCUGUCUGAUCCUCUGUAAAGUUGAUGAGCUCCUAAAUAUUCAAUGCAUUAUAGAUUAUAGUUUACCAAGCAGAGGAAAAAGAGACCAGAAGUUGUGAUGUGUUUGUGCUCAAUAUAUCAAAACAACUAAUCAAUCCAAGUACCUCGAAGAGCUUUUAUUUUUGGAAAUCCUCUGUGUGAAUUCUCACUGAUGCCUGCGGUUUAUACACGUUUCUUCAGUUUUUUCACUGUGUCUAUCGAUGCCUGUGUGUGUUUGUUGUAACAUCAGCAUGUUUGACACAAUAAGAAUGAAAAUACCUGUGAUGUGUUUAAUGUUUCCGAGCUGCAAAUAAAUCUUUGUUUGUUUUA